AUGCUUCCCUCGUCGCCAUCAUUUUUGUCCUCAUUCGAUCCCGCCCUUCACCUCCACUCCGAAGGUCCUGGCAACGCUGACACCGCCAACCCUCCAUCUGAAUCAUUCUCCGACGACCUUGAGGCAAUUCACCAGCACCACCUCGAACAAACACGAAAUCGAGUUGUGAUUCAGCACCGGGCUUGGGAUUUAUCGGAUGUGUUUCGCAGCGAGGACGAUAUAAGACCCGAUACGCCCACGAAGAAUACCGCUACAACACCCAGAGAAAUUGGCCGUACUUCCAUUCGGAAUUUAUCAUUUAUCCCUUCCUCACCACCCGUUUCAAAGAUGCCGUUCAUUUCAUCACCCGGCGCGCUCGCAUCUGACAACGCCGCCAACGAUGCGCAGAAGAGAAAGGCCGUAGAAGUGGAUGAAGGCCCGAAAUCGGCAGAGCCAAAGCGACAGCGCAUGGUUGGAGGUUUCGUCGAUGACGACGAUGAUGACGAUGACGACGUUGCCGCAUUACGCGAUGAGCACAUGAACAGUCAACACGACUUGCCGGACCAUUUUUUCCAGGAACCCGCAUCGACCUUGCCUGGCAUACCGCCAGUGCAGAAGCCCACGGUAGCAAAUAAGAAUAUCGACUCCACGCCAAAGGCUUCUCACCAACUCCCCUUAUUAACACCACGACCUGCGCCGACAGCCCCCAAAAGGUUCCAGAUCAAGACAUGUGCCGGCAAGACACACAGUAUUUCUACCAAAAAGGCCCUGGCUCCUGUCUCUUACGAACAAAUGAUUGCUAGUCGGUCUGAGACAGAACCUGGAAAGGCCAAGAAGAGUUAUUACGGCAUCGACAUACACCAAUUGCUAGAUGAUGCGGCCAAGGAGACGGAGGCAGGGAAGACAGCACCCAAACCUCAAGUCCAGGAGAGCAUUGAAACGAACAACGUGACUUCCAAACAAAAAAAGAUUGACUCUGCAAUGUGGACCGAGAAAUACCGGGCUCGCAAGUUUACGGAUCUCAUUGGAGAUGAGCGUACCCAUCGAGGAGUGCUUCGCUGGUUGAAGGGGUGGGAGCCAAUCGUGUUCCCAGGCCUGGCAAAAUCUAAAGCGAAAAGGGCUGCCCAGAAGGAUGAAGAUGAAUUUGCGCAUCGAAAAGUUCUUCUGUUGAGUGGUCCUCCCGGUCUCGGGAAGACCACACUGGCGCAUGUAUGUGCCAGGCAGGCUGGUUACGAAGUCCUUGAAAUCAACGCCAGUGACGACCGCAGCAGGGAUGUAGUCAAAGGCCGCAUUCGCGAUGCGCUGGGAACAGAGAAUGUCAAGGGUAUGAAUGUUGAGGUCGGCGAGAAGAAGGUCCGCCGCGCCGGCAAGCCCGUCUGUGUUGUUGUUGAUGAAGUCGAUGGUGUCGUUGGUGGCUCUGGAACCGGCGGAGAGGGUGGCUUUAUGAAGGCCCUAAUUGACCUCGUCUUGCUUGACCAACGAAACUCGAAAUGGUCUGCAGAAAACAACGGCGGUAAGAAACGCAAAGGUGAUAACUUUAGAUUUAUGCGGCCGUUGAUCUUGGUUUGCAAUGAUCUUUAUCACAGCAGUCUUCGGCCUCUACGGGCAUCAUCCAUCGCGGAGAUGAUUAGUGUUCGCCAAGCGCCCCUGGAGAACGUUGUUCAGCGAAUUAAGACGAUUUUCGUCCAUGAAGGAAUCGCUUGCGAUAGUGAUGGUGCCCGCAGGCUUUGCGAAGCAGCCUGGGGUCUGGCCAGCAGAAAACAGCGCAGCGGCAGGACUACCGGAUCUUCCGAGGGAGAUAUCCGUAGUGUCCUCGUUGCCGCAGAAUUUGUGGCACGUAAACUCCGAAACGAAUCUUUGCCCUCAUCACUCAGACUCAGCCGAAAUUGGCUUGAGCAGCGAGUCCUCAAUGCAUCAGCUGAAGGAAGCUCUUUCUUCAAAGAGCUAAGUCGGGGCGGUGUUCGUGAGAUCGUGAACCGUGUCUUUACAGAGGGUGCCGGAUUCUCAGAUGCACCUGUCGGCAUGAGUUUCCAAGAUCGUUUCGACGGCCCUAACAGCCGUGUCCCCGUCGGCGUCGCAGAUCUGCGCAAGCGACACGCCAUCAACCGACUACGGGAGAUGGUAGAUUCCAGCGGUGACCAAGACCGCUGUGUCGCGGAUUGUUUUACCUCGUAUCCUAUCCAGCAAUACCAGGAUGACAAUUACUUCUCCAAGCCCAACACAGCCCACGACUGGCUUCAUUUCCACGACACGAUGUCUUCAAAGGUCUACUCGUCUCAAGAAUGGGAAUUGAUUCCAUAUCUCAGCCAAUCGGUCGUUGCUUUCCAUCAUCUAUUUGCCACGGCUGCAGGCAGAACUGAGAUUGAAAAGAAUGAUGACGAAGAGGAAGUUGAAGAGGCACAUCCUUUCUCAGGACCUAGAGCCGAUUUCGCUGCCUUUGAAGCACAGAAGGCGAACCGUGCCACCUUGACAGCGUUCCAUAACUCCUUCUCAGCACCACUGGCCCGCAUAUUCCGAUCAUCUGAAAGCGUCAUUACAGAUUUAGUACCUCACUUGACCCGGAUGCUCUCACCAGACGUGAAGCCAGUUAUCAUCCGCGGAAACGGGGACCAGAGGAGUUCCGCUAGCGUUCGAAAAGAGUCAGAACGGGCACUCGUCCAAUCUGCGGUGGGUGUCAUGAGCGGAAUGGGAGUGACAUUUGAAAAAGUCCGAGUUGAACAAGACGGAAACCAUGGUGGAUGGGCGUACAGGAUGGAACCACCCAUCGACUCCCUUGUAUAUUUCUCAAAGACUAAAGGCAGUACAAUUGAAUCAUCAGGUGGCACAGCGCCGGUCCGAUAUGCCCUACGCCAAGUCCUGGACCAGGAAUACCGCAAAGCAACGACACGCAAGCAACCCGACGCAUCCAAACUAGACGUGAAGGGACCCAGGAAAUCGGAUGAUAGCGCCGCAGCCAAAGCAAUCAGAGAUGCAGCUGUUAAGCGUGAUUUCUUCGGUCGAGUUGUUGAGGCGCCCGUGUCUCUGGCUACGGACUCUGAGGGUGCCGAUAGCUGGGCGGAUGAGUCUUCGAAGGCUGGUCGGAAGGUCUGGGUUACCUUCCACGAAGGAUUCUCGAAUGCUGUCCGCAAACAGAUAUCGAUGGGGGAGUUGUUGGAUGGGUUGUAA